GUUGUCAACGGUUAUUGGAUUUUUGGAACAAUGAUCUGUGAUAUAUUCAUUAUGUUCGAUGUGUUAUUCUGUACUGCAUCAAUACUCAAUUUAGUAGCCAUUUGUUUGGAUAGGUAUUUAGCUGUAACACAACCAAUAAUCUAUGCAAAACAUAAUAAUAUGAAACGUGUACAAAUAUCUAUUGCAUUAGUAUGGAUUGUAUCAUUCUUAAUAGCUAUACCACUAAUAUGCGGUUUAAAUGUAAAUCGUUAUAAUGAUCCAACUAUAUGUCAAUCAUUUAAUGCCUUAUAUAUUAUAUGUUCAUCAUUAGGUUCAUUUUAUUUACCAGCUAUUAUAUUAAUUGUUGUUUAUCAACGUAUAUUUGCUUUAAUUAAACAACGACAUAAAUUAUUACGAUUAAAUCAAUCAUUAAAACAACAACCAUAUACAUCAUCAUUACAACAAUUACAAUUACAAAGAAAACAAUCAAGAUUACAUGAAGACGAUGAUGACGAUGAAGAAGAAGAAGAAGAAGAACAAGAACAAGAAGGACGGGUAGUAAAAGAAGAAGAAGAACAACAACAACAACAGGAACAACAAUCGAUUGUUCAAUUAUAUGAUCGUAUUUGUUUAAAUAAUGAUCAAACUAUAUCUACAUUAUAUCAGACAACAACAGCACCAACAACGACAACAACCACUACUACUACGACGACUACUACAAUAAUGAAUUCAAAUGAUGAAAUUAGUUAUUCUGAAUUACAGUCAUCUUCACCAAUCAAAGUAAUAGAAUGCAUAAAACAACAUGAUCCAGAUCAUAAACAAUUUACUAAUGAAUUCGAUGAGAAUUUCUCGGAUCUAAAUUUUGAAGGACCACGUUAUGAUAUAUCAUCACCAAAUUUAAAUAAUUCUGAUCGAUUCAUUUCAAUGAUAAAUUAUACCUAUUCAAUGGAUCAUUUGAAAUUAACCAAUCAAAAUAAAAGAAGUCAUUUCAAUGAAAAUAAUAAUGAUUUAAUAAAUAAUCACUUGAAUCAAUUAUAUCAUUCUGAUAUAGAUUUAAAUACAAUUCAAUCAAUGGAAUCACCUAAACAUAUAUUGAAUAAUUCAAAUGAUGUAUCACUUAUAUCACCAUAUACCAAAGACGAUGACGAUGAUGAUGACGAUGAUGACGAUGAUCAUGAUGAUGAUAUUAAUGAAUCUAGGACUACAUUUCAAUGUGGUUAUCUAUAUAAUAUAUCACCUUCUAUACAUUCAGAAGAAGAGAAACAAUCACAUACAGAACAAAAACAAACUACUCAAAAUUCUCCAAUGAUAUUAAAAGAAGUUAUUUGUAAUUCAAAGAAACAAUCAAAAUCUUCGAUAUUGUCAUUUGAAAAGUUUAAUUCAUAUUCAACACAAAAAUCUUCUUCUUGUCAUCAUCAUCGUCAUCGUCAUCGUCAUCAUCGUGAUCAUCAUCAUAUCUUAUCUAGAUCAAAUAUUAGAAAUCUAUUCAAAUUAUCAUGGAUUCAUAAGUGUUUAAAUCAUUCACAUGUAUAUAGUGGUUCUUCAUCAUCAAAUAACUCUGAAUAUUCAUGUCCUGGACUAUGUUCAGAAGAGAUGAUAAAUUAUAGGAUUAAAUUAAAUAAAGGUCAGUUUUACAAGAACUAUAAUGGUGAUGAAGAAGAAGAUAAUGAUGAUGAUGAUGAUGAUGAUGAUGACGAUGAUUAUGAUGAUGAUGAUGAUGUUGACGACGACGAUGAAGACGAUGAUGAUGAUGAAACUGUGAAUGAAUUAACUUCAUGUAAAUUUUGUCAAAAUCAAUUAAAAUCAAAUUCAUUAUAUCAAUCAUAUGAAUGUAUUCAAUGUCAACCAAUUAUAUUUCAAUAUAAUUGUCAAUCAUUUAAUCAAAAUAAAUCUAUUCCAUUACAAAAUAAUCAUAAAAUAAAUUGUUACCAUAGUGUUUUUCUAGCAUGUUGGUUACCAUUUUUUUCUAUUAAUAUUGGUUUAGGUUUAUGUAUUUAUUUAGGAUCAGAUCAAUAUGGUCUAUGUGAAUAUGCUAGUAAAUUAAUGUCAUCAUGUACAUGGCUUGGUUAUAUUAAUUCUGCAUUAAAUCCAAUUAUUUAUACAAUAUUCAAUAUGGAAUUUCGUUUAGCAUUUCAAAAACUAUUACAUAUCAAAUAA